GUGUUUAAAUUAUGGGGCUCUUGGAUCCGCAGAAAUCUGAAUGUUCUGCCUUAAAGUUUCUUCGGAGCUGACAGUGAUCUCAGACACCAGAAUCAGGAGGUUGUGGAUUUAAUGCGUCUCUGCCAGACUUCAGAUGACUGCCUCACUAUUUGAGAUGAAUCUUACCUUCCAGAGGGUUUUGAAAUAAUCAAAACUUCUUUUCAGUAACACUUUGCAAGGUCGUAAUCAUCUCGGGAAGUCCUCAUUUCACAGUCUCUCCUGAGAUUUUACUUGUGUUUUGGCAUGUCCUUGUCCCAUCCAUCAAGCAUUUGUUUUAUUUGAAGUUAAUUGGCUAAAUUCAAGAGAAACUGGUUGAAUUUCCUGUUGCUUCUCCUUGGGUGGCCUUUCCAACACUAUUUCUUGUGAUGACCAUUCAUUUGAAGGCUGGUUGUCCAGACAACUUAGCUGUCACACUGAAUUCCCUGAGUAUUUUCAGGGAACAUCACUGCAUGUCCCCACCUUAGCAACUCAGGGGAGAGUUCAGAGUGUUUGGGAAUGAAAAGAUUGUGAUACUCUGGUUUCAACAGAUUCUUCAUUUGUCAAACUCUCACAAAGAUCUGUUGAUGUUAUAGUGUGUGUUGUUGAUAGAGACAUGAUUUUGUGAGAGAGAGACUAAUUUUCUUUACUUUUUGUGAGAGCCCAUUGGAAAAUUAUAUUCCCUUCGCUGCCUUGUUUCCUGGAGUAUGCCUGGCACGGGGCACAAGGCAGUGAACAAGACAGACAGGGGACGCCUGGAUGGGGCUUACGUACAGGGUUGGAGAAAGGCAUUGACUGCAUGGUUCCUUACUGUAGCCGUGGUACGUAUGAUGAAGGAAACGUUCAGGCAGUAGGAGACCAGAGGGGUGCGGGGACUUGACCAGUGCACCACCAGGCCAGUCCCAAGAAGUCAUUUUUAAGCUGAGAACCGAAGGAUUAAUGGGAGGUUCCAGACAGGCAAGGAAGAAGAACGUUCUAGGGAAGAGAGGAGCAGGUCGAAGGCUGUGUGUUGGGAAGGAGCCUUGGAGGAGCCGCAGAGAAAGGCAGGCGGUGGGGUGGGCCGUGCGCAGGGCGGGUCACGUCGCUCAGGGCCUUGGAGCAGCCGCAGAGAAAGGCAGGCGGUGGGGUGGGCCGUGCGCAGGGCGGGUCACGUCGCUCAGGGCCUUGGAGCAGCCGCAGAGAAAGGCAGGCGGUGGGGUGGGCCGUGCGCUGGGCGGGUCACGUCGCUCAGGGCCUUGGACAAGGUGGAGGGUUGGAGCUUUCCCUCCGCGUGUGUGGACGCUGCGCAGCAGAGCAGUGGUGGUGUGGGCCGUGCGCUGGGCGGGUCACGUCGCUCAGGGCCUUGGAGAACGUGGAGGGUUGGAGCUUUCCCUCCGCGUGUGUGGACGCUGCGCAGCAGAGCAGUGGUGGUGUGGGCCGUGCGCUGGGCGGGUCACGUCGCUCAGGGCCUUGGAGAACGUGGAGGGUUGGAGCUUUCCCUCCGCGUGUGUGGACGCUGCGCAGCAGAGCAGUGGUCUGACAGAUCUGAUUACUUGUUUAGACACUGCAGCCAGUUUUUCGGAACCUGAGUUCAGUAAGUACUGCCCAGCGGGCUGUCUGCUUCCUUUUGCUGAGAUAUCCGGAACGAUCCCUCAUGGAUAUAGAGAUUCCUCGCCCUUGUGCAUGGCGGGUGUGCACGCAGGAGUGGUGUCAAACGUGCUGGGCGGGCAGAUCAGUGUCGUCAUCAGUAAGGGAAUCCCGUACUACGAGAGUUCUCUGGCCAACAACGUCACGUCUGUGGUGGGACACUUAUCUACAAGUCUUUUUACAUUUAAGACCAGUGGGUGUUAUGGAACACUGGGGAUGGAAUCUGGUGUGAUAGCUGAUGCACAGAUCACGGCGUCGUCUGUGCUGGAGUGGACUGACCACACAGGCCAAGAGAACAGUUGGAAACCCGCAAAGGCCCGGCUGAAGAAGCCAGGACCUCCUUGGGCUGCACUUGCCACUGACGAGUACCAGUGGUUACAAGUCGACCUGAACAAGGAGAAGAAGAUAACAGGCAUCGUCACCACCGGCUCCACCAUGGUGGAGCAUAAUUACUAUGUGUCGGCCUACAGAGUUCUCUACAGUGACGAUGGGCAGAGAUGGACCGUGUACAGGGAGCCUGGUGUCGAGCAGGAUAAGAUAUUUCAAGGAAACAAAGAUUAUCACCAGGAUGUGCGUAAUAACUUUUUGCCACCAAUUAUUGCACGUUUUAUCAGAGUGAAUCCUACCCAGUGGCAGCAGAAAAUUGCCAUGAAAAUGGAGCUCCUUGGAUGUCAGUUUAUUCCUAAAGGUCGUCCUCCCAAAUUCACUCAGCCUCCACCUCCUUGGAACAGCAACGACCUCAAAAGCACUACAGCCCCUCCAAAGGUAGCCAAAGGUCGUGCCCCCAAAUUCACUCAGCCGCUACAGCCUCGCAGCAGCCACGAAUUCCCUGCACAGACAGAGCAGACGACCGCCACGCCUGACAUCAGGAACACCACCGUGACCCCGCACGGGACCAAAGAUGUCGCCUUGGCCGCAGUCCUUGUCCCAGUGUUGGUCAUGGUUCUCACCACGCUCAUCCUCAUUUUAGUGUGUGCCUGGCAUUGGAGGAACAGAAAGAAGAAAACCGAAGGCACCUAUGGUUUACCUUCCUGGGACCGGGCAGGUAGCUCUUGGCUUUGCAUCUCUUUGCAUCAGCGGGAAGUCCCUCCCCUGCAGGUGGCAGUAGUGAAAGGCUGGUGGAAGGGAAUGAAGCAGUUUCUCCCCGCCAAGGCGCUGGAGCCGGAGGAGACCCCGGUGCACUACAGCAGCAGCGAGGUGGCCCACCUGAGCCCCAGGGAGGUCCCCACAGCGCUGCAGGCCGACUCUGCAGGCUGCGGCUGCCGCCCUCAGCGGCACGACCCCUGUGUUGACCGAUCCUGUCCUGUUGUGUGUGUUUUGCGAUAUCCACAGAGUAUGCGCAGCCGCUUGUGGGAGGGAUUGUGGGUGCCCUUCAUCAGAGGUCCACCUUUAAACCAGAAGAACGGAAGGAAGCAGGCUACGCAGACCUCGAUCCUUACAAUGCCCCGGUGCAGGAAGUUUAUCAUGCCUACGCAGAACCGCUUCCAGUCACGGGGCCUGAGUAUGCCACCCCCAUCGUUGUGGAUAUGUCGGGGCACCCCACAGCUGCGGUCACCCUGCCCUCCACGUCCACUUUCAAAGCUGCGGGGAACCAGGCUCCCCCCGGAGUGGGGACGUACAACACUCUUCUCUGCAGGACUGACAGCUGCUCCUCAGCCCGGGCCCAGUAUGACACCCCAAAGGCCGGGCCGCCGGGUCCGCGUGCCGCAGACGAGUUGGUGUACCAGGUGCCACAGAGCACGCAGGAGGGGGCAGGAGCAGGGAGGGGUGGCGAAGGCGAUGUUUUUAAAGAAAUCCUUUGAACACGAUGCUGCAUUUUACAAAGCGUUGUUUUAAAGCACAGGGCCUUUCUUGCGUUAGUGGUAGUAACGUGUAGAACGUGUUACGUGUCUGUCACAGAUGUGUUGGGGAAAUGUGAUGACCGAGGUACAGGAAACUACUAAUCUUGCCAUCUUGCUUUAAAAGCGUUAUUGUGGCAGUACUGCUUGCCUGUUAAAUUUUGAACAUCCUGUUUACUACUACUGUAAAACACUAUUUUUAAUACAGAAAAAGCUUCCUACUAUGCACUUCAAAGAAAUUGAAAUCACUGAGAGUAUUUAUUACCAGUGCUGCAGGUACAUUAAUGAACUCGAGACAGCUCUAAGUCUGACUGGCAGUAAUGCAUGGUACUGUUCUCGAAAUGUCUGAUGGCUUGAAGCUCUGCUCUGUUUGUGAAAGGUAGGUACUACCAUGAUUUCCUCUUCUAUCCCUGGAUUUUUUUUUUUUAAUACUUAGUGAUACAAUCAUUGUUUUGACUGCCAUCCUACACAUAGCCAUUUUCCCUUAGGAGGACCUAUCGCUGAGAAUUCUGGCUUGCAAUGAGCAGUGAUUGAUUUUUCACUUUUUGACACUCUUAAGAGCUUUAGCACUCAUGGUACAGGACUGGUCUCAUCUGUGCUUGUCCCGCGUGGGGCCCAUGCUUGUGUUUAUAAAACGUUGUUUUCUCAGUGGGUAGUAUUUGCUUUAUCAACCUCGUGAAUUCAGGUCUCCUCCUGUCUUUAAGUACUUCUCUGUGUGGAAACGGGAACCACUUCAGUUUAGAAAGCUCUGGGGGAGGUUCUCUCCCUCCCCCAACUUUAUCUGCACUGGGAUGUUUCCGAGGAGAGUUGUGAAAAGUCGGGGGUUCUAGGUGAACACCAUAAACAAGACCCGCUCCUGUUUAUUACAGUGAAAGGCAAAAUCGUUCCUCAGAAGUCAUAUAAAUCACCCUGAAAACAAGUAACCAGAAUUUACCCUCUUUGGUUUCAUAGAUAGAUUUUUCUUUGAAUCUCAAGGUACUUGAUUAAUUUUAGUCACAUUAAAAAAUAUUUUUUAAUUUCAGUUUUCCACGGUAAACUGUUACAAGAAAUAGAAAUGCAGCCUGUGUUCCUCAGCUGCGCAUGAGGGGUCCGGGUGGUGGAGGCAGGUGUCAUUCUUUCUUUCUCACCUAGACCACAGCUGGUGGGUGGAGCCUCCGCUGGGCUUGCCCAGAACUCAGGCUAGAUGGGUGGAAUAGAAACCGUCUGCAGUUUACUAGCCUGUAGUGUGAAAGCCAUCUUAAAACAUCUUUAAACUGGCGAGAUGGUAUGAGAAGCUGACCAUACGAUUAAAACGUAUAAAUGCCUUCUUCUGUAAACCUUGGUCUGUAGACUUGAUGUUGAAAUGUGCUCUGCCAUCAGGUCCUAGUUCUUUUCUUUUGGCCUGUGCCACCAGAUUGUCGUUGCCAGAAUUCGCUACACUUGACUAAAGAUGCAUGGUGUUCAUUCUGCUUGCUUCCGUGAGUGUUAUAACUGUUUAUUUCUGCAGCCUCCCUGCCUUCUGCUUGUAUGAUUUUGGUCUUAUUUUCAUUUGCUUUUCUUCUCCCAACCAACUUUGAGGCAUAAUUUUAUUCUGAAAAACCAAUACCUAUUUUGUUUCAAAAUACUUGAAACAAGAGGGACAGAUGUUGAACUUGUAAUAAAACAUAUAUGAGCGUGUAAGCACAUGUAUUAAUGUAGUCAUCCCCUUUCCAGUGGGAAGAGAGUAAACCAGUUGCUUUAUUUUUUUAUUCACCCUUAGCACACAGAAAAUAUGCUUUCCCUCAAAUCAUGUGCCUGUUUGAAGCUUUAAGAGAGAUGAUUUCAGUAGCUACUUCAUUUUCCCAAAGAUGUUUGCUCUAGUUGUGUAAUUGUGUGCACCUGAUUGUUUUUCCCAGCAAACUGUUUGAGAGGCCAGUGUUUUCUUAAGAAUGAUGCAUGUUUUAAGACUUGAUUCAGCUUGCCACUGUGCUGUCCUUAAACUACCAAUGAUUUUUACAAAACCUAGUUUUUACUACUUUUAUGUAUUUUACUUUCCAAGUGAAGAGCUGAGCCUGAUAGAAAGGGUUGUUCUUGUUUUGUACUUUUUCUUUUAGUCCAUUUGUUUUCAUAGUAGAGUUCUGGGGUUUUUUACUACGUUUAUAUGUCUGAUACAUGUACAGCUUUGGAGACAAUCAAGUAACAACUGAAAAUGUGAAAGUAACCAUUUUUUACAAAAUUCCUUUGAAUUUUUAUACUUUGAAACAUGUAAAAGACUUAAGUCACUGUGGUUUAUUGGAUUAAAUUUUCCUGUUAAUUAUAAAAAUAGACAGCAGUGCAGCAAAUGUGGCCCUUACAGGUUGCAUAAAAUCACACUGACUUCGCUGUUACUUGAUCUUAGGAACUAGCACAGUUUAAGAUAAGAUAUUGUGAAUGCUGAUUUAUAUUUUAUUAACAGCUAUAAAUCUAAAUAGAUCCUAGUGUAUGUGCAGGGUCUAGUCCAAUUAUUUAAGUUCCUGUUUCACUAUUUGCACUUUGCAUUGAACAGUGGGUUUAUUCGCUGAUGAAACGGUUCGAGUAGAGAAUUUAUACAGUAACUGAAAUUACAACGUUGUGUAUACACUUGCCCUCCCCCUAAGGAGGGAGCAGAAAAUGAGCUCAUCUAAAUACGAACAUGGCCGUAAUUCCCUGGAAAGUGAUAAAGCUUGAACUUCACUGUCAGUUGGAGAGCAAGAGGGCUGCUGAAACACCAUGUCCGAUGAUACAGUUAGAAAGAACCAGCAGAUUAUGUGGGACAGUGAAAGCUUUUUAAACCCUCUUGAGAGAAAUCCAGGAAGCUCUACCUAAAAAAAUUACCUGUUAGGUCUGUCUUUCGUUCUGAGCUUGAAGUCCCUGAACUGCAAAAUCUAACGAAGAGUUGGAUGGUUAUUAAAACACUUUUUAGGUCACCUGUGGCACCACUUCUCGUUUAAUCCAACUUGUGCCUAGUUUCUUCUUCAUCUCCUCCUCCUCCUUUUUUGGCACUGGGAAAGGUGAAAACAAACCUGUAUUGCAACACGUGUUGGAAAUGAAAACAGUGCGAGUGGCGCGAGAGGCUCCCAGAAUGUACUUUUCUUACCUCGGCACGUACUGUAGUCACUUGGUAUCUGUAUAUGUGGCUAGAAUUUAGAUUGUAUAAAUAGAUUUUAAUGUGUUUUUAAUAAAUUGUAAAUAUGUGUCUUGCUCAGA